ACAGUCUGAAUACAAACGUCAGGACGAAACACAGUCGGAAACCUUCAUUCAAUUACUUCUGAUUGGAUUUAUCGAUAAGGGUUUGGAUGCGAUUGUCUCAAUUUGAAGGGAUUAAACUUCUAAUCAUCGAGCGAUCAAUUCAUUCUGUCAUCGAAGUUGAAGCGUGAAUGGUGUGCACAGGGUGUUUUGACAUGUUUUGGGGGCUGUUCGAUGAAAGAUGAUAACGAGUUCGCUUCUUUUGCGUUUCUGUGACUGGGGUUUGAACUGCAGAUUUAAGUGAAUGGUAGUGUCUAGAAAGGGUAUGUCCCUUCAGGAGAGAGGUGCCAAUGUCCAACCGGCCUAAUUCCAAUCCAGGGGGGUCACUGCGCCGUUCACAGAGGAACACAGCCGCGGCCCAGCCACUAGACCACACGCUUACAAGAAGGUUGCAGCAAGAGCAAGUAAACCAAAAAGCAAAUUCCCCACCUGAAAGUAGAAGAUCUAAUUCUAAGGUUUCCAAAGCCCCGCCCAGCUCUGCUGCCGGCUCCGCCCGCGGCCACUCCUCUCGAAGAAACAGUCUCUCUCUAUCCGUGGGUUCAAACUCGAUUUCAGAUCCAGACUUGGUAGCAGCAGGGUCUUCAGGCCAGCCGGGGAGACGGGAAGGCAGCAGCACCCGCGCUCUCAAACGCAGCUCUGCUUCAGAGCACUAUUCACCCAGCCUGGCCAAACGGCCCAAAGCCUCGAGCAGCCACCCCUCUGAGAGUACAGCCAGUGGUCUGUCGGACCCCACAGCUUCUCCUGAACAUACAGAGCCCAGGAAGUCUCCAGCGUCUGUUAGCACCAAGUCCAAAAAGAGACGGUUAGCGGCUGAGCCAACUCCCACUUUGUCCAGCAGAGCCGUUAGCAAGAAGAACACAUCCUACCCUGGCCCCGGUGGGGACACAAGCACCCCCUCUCAAAAGCGCAAGAAGACAGACGCCUUUUCGUUGUCGUCCUCUUCCUCCCUCCCCAGUUCAAGCAGUGCGGCAGGCCCCUUGCCACCCCGCAGCGAGGCCAGCCGGGCAGCCAAACCCACCAAGCUGGCGUCCAAAUCGGCCGCCUCAGCCAAAGCUGGGUGUAGCACCGUGACUGACUCCUCUUCCUCUGCCUCCUCCUCGUCCUCCUCUUCCUCCUCAUCCGCCACAGGCACCAACAGCUGUGCCCCUCAGGGUGCCCGGCUAAAGCAGGGCAAGGAACAGAGCAAAGCACGGCGUUCGCGCUCCGCGUCAUCUCCUUCCCCCCGCAGAAGCAGCCGGGAAAAAGAGCAGAACAAGGCUACCGGCUCUUCCAAGUUUGACUGGACAUCCCGCUUCAACCCCAAAGUCAACCUGCCAAAGCCUAAACUGUCCCUGCCGGGAUCGGCCAAGGCUGAGACCUCCUCCAAGCCUGGGCCCUCUGGACUGCAGGCCAAACUAGCAAGUUUGAGGAAGUCCACUAAGAAGCGUAGUGAGUCUCCCCCAGCAGAGCUCCCCAGCUUUCGGAGGAGCACACGUCAGAAGACCACGGGCUCUUGCGCCAGCACCAGUCGGCGCGGCUCAGGCCUGGGCAAGCGCGGGGCAGCCGAAGCUCGCCGACAGGAUAAAAUGGCCGACUCUGACAACAACCUGGAAGGGGCCAACUCAUCGGCCGCGCGCACAGAGGAGACACCACAAGGAGCAUCAGCGUCUAGCUCAGUGGCUGGAGCUGUUGGCAUGACCACCUCUGGAGAGAGCGAAUCGGAUGACUCUGAAAUGGGAAGACUGCAAGCUCUGCUGGAGGCCAGGGGGCUUCCUCCUCACCUGUUUGGCCCCUUUGGACCCCGUAUGUCUCAGCUGUUUCACAGGACCAUAGGCAGUGGAGCAAGCUCAAAGGCGCAGCAGCUGCUGCAGGGGUUGCAAGCCACAGGAGAUGAGUCCCAGCAGCUUCAGGCUGCUAUAGAGAUGUGCCAGCUGCUAGUGAUGGGUAAUGAGGAGACACUGGGAGGAUUCCCCGUCAAGAGUGUCGUACCGGCCCUGAUCACACUGCUACAGAUGGAGCAUAAUUUUGAUAUUAUGAAUCAUGCAUCUCGAGCCCUCACCUACAUGAUGGAGGCUCUGCCACGCUCCUCGGCUGUGGUGGUGGAUGCUAUCCCAGUCUUCCUGGAAAAGCUUCAGGUAAUACAGUUUAUAGAUGUGGCAGAACAGGCCUUGACCGCCUUGGAGAUGUUGUCACGGAGGCACAGCAAAGCUAUCUUGCAGGCUGGAGGUCUAGCCGACUGUUUGCUGUACUUGGAGUUCUUCAGCAUAAAUGCCCAGAGGAAUGCAUUAGCCAUCGCUGCGAACUGCUGUCAGAGCAUAACGGCGGAUGAGUUUCACUUCGUUGCUGAUUCUCUACCCCUGCUAACUCAAAGACUCACACACCAGGAUAAAAAAUCUGUAGAAAGCACUUGUCUCUGUUUUGCCAGGCUGGUAGACAACUUUCAGCACGAGGAGAACCUGUUACAGCAGGUGGCAUCACGAGAUUUGCUGACCAACAUCCAGCAGCUGCUGGUGCUCACUCCACCCGUGCUCAGCUCCGGCAUGUUCAUCAUGGUCGUGCGCAUGUUCUCUCUCAUGUGUUCCAACUGCCCCUGCCUUGCAGUGCAGCUCAUGAAACAGAAUAUUGCAGAGACUCUGCGUUUCCUGCUGUGUGGAGCGUCUAAUGGGAGCUGUCAAGAGCAGAUAGACCUGGUACCCAGAAGUCCUCAGGAGCUUUAUGAACUCACCUCACUCAUCUGCGAGCUGAUGCCAUGUCUGCCCAGAGAGGGCAUCUUUGCGGUGGAUGCCAUGCUGAAGAAGGGCAGUGCCCAGACUAUAGAGGGUGCUAUCUGGCAGUGGAGAGAUGACAGAGGACUGUGGCACCCGUACAACCGUAUUGACAGCCGUAUCAUUGAAACUGCACACCAGAAUGGAGAAGAUGAGAUCAGUCUCUCCACCCUUGGUCGGGUCUACACCAUCGACUUCAACUCUAUGCAGCAGAUAAAUGAAGACACUGGCACUGCCCGUGCCAUCCAGAGAAAACCCAACCCUCUGGCCAACCCCAACACUGGAGGGCACUUGGAGGUGCGGCGGGAGGAUGCUCGUGCUCAGCUGAUGAAAGAGGACCCUGAGCUGGCCAAGUGUUUCAUAAAGACUUUGUUUGGGGUUCUGUAUGAGGUGUACAGCUCCUCGGCCGGACCUGCUGUCAGACACAAGUGCCUUAGAGCCAUCCUACGAAUCAUCUACUUCGCAGAUGCAGAGCUGCUUAAGGAUGUGCUGCGCAACCAUGCCGUGUCUAGUCACAUAGCUUCCAUGCUGUCCAGUCAGGACCUAAAGAUUGUAGUGGGCUCUCUGCAGAUGGCGGAGAUCCUCAUGCAGAAGCUACCAGACGUGUUCAGUGUUUAUUUCAGACGAGAAGGUGUGAUGCAUCAGGUAAAGAAUCUGUCUGAGUCUGAGGCGUUCAUCACCAGCCCUCCAAAAGCGUGCACGAGUGGCACGGCAAGUCUUUGUACCACCACCAUCACCACUGCAACCACUACUUCUGCCUCUAACGUCACUCCCGACCUGGGUUCCCCCAGCUUCCAGCACAGUAUGGAAGACUCACUGGACCUCAGUCCACAGGGUAGGUUGAGUGAUGUUCUGAAAAGAAAACGCCUUCCUAAAAGAGGACCAAGACGUCCCAAGUACUCCCCACCCAGAGAUGAUGAAAAAGUGGAUAAUCAAGCCAAGAGUCCGACCACCACACAAUCCCCCAAGUCCUCCUUCCUGGCCAGUUUGAAUCCCAAGACCUGGGGUAAACUAGGGGCCCAAACCAACAGCUCUAACUCUGAGCCCUCACGCACAGCUGGGGUCAGCGGUCUGGCACGUAUCCCGCCCAAGGACUCUGUGUCCAAUAACAGGGAUAAGAUAAAGGCUUGGAUAAAGGACCAAGCCAGUAAGUUUGUGGAGCGUCACUUCAAUUCAGAGAGUGUAGAUGGAAGCAACCCUGCACUGAACGUCCUGCAAAGACUAUGCACUGCCACACAACAGCUCAGCUUGCAGGUGGACAGUGGUGUGGAAUGUCUGGAGGAGAUCAGCAGUAUUGUAUCUGAAUCAGACGUGUCAUCAUUUGAGAUCCAGCACAGUGGACUAGUCAAGCAGUUGUUAUUGUACCUGACAUCAAACAGUGAGCGAGACAAUAUCAGCAGAGAUGAUAGAAUCAAGAGGUUCCUGCAUGUGUUCUUUGGCUGCCCGAUACCAGGACAGGAACAUCUGGGGCGUUUGGACCCAACAGAGAAUGGACCACUGCUGGCACUGGUGCACAAGAUGAACAACUGCUUAAGUCAGAUGGAACAGUUUCCUGUUAAAGUGCAUGACUUUCCCAGUGGCAAUGGCAAUGGUAGCAGGGGUUCACAAGCACUCAAGUUCUUUAACACUCAUCAGCUGAAGUGUCAGUUGCAAAGACACCCGGACUGCACCAAUGUGAAGCAGUGGAAGGGAGGACCGGUCAAAAUUGACCCCUUGGCCCUGGUACAGGCCAUCGAGAGAUAUCUGGUUGUUAGAGGGUAUGGAAGAAUCAGAGAGGAGGAUGAAGAUAGUGAUGAUGAUGGUUCAGAUGAUGAAAUAGAUGAAUCUCUGGCUGCCCAGUUCUUGAAUUCUGGGAGUGUACGACACAGGCUACAGUUCUACAUAGGCGAGCACCUGCUGCCAUAUAACAUGACUGUGUAUCAGGCCGUCAGGCAGUUCAGCUUACAGGCAGAGGAAGAGAGAGAGAGCACAGACGAUGAAGCUAACCCUCUGGGACGCGCUGGCAUCUGGACCAAAACACACACAAUAUGGUAUAAGCCAGUCAGAGAGGAUGAAGAGGGCUGUAAGGAUGCUGUGGGAGGGAAGAGGGGACGUGCACAGACAGCUCCCACUAAAACAUCUCCUCGAAAUGCCAAGAAACAGGACGAACUGUGGCAUGAGGGUGUGUGUCCCAGUGUAACAAACCCAUUAGAGUCGUACCUCAACUGUGAUUCUCCAGAGGGCAUCACUUUUGAUGACCCUUCCAUAGAUGUUAUUUUACUGCUGAGAGUCCUGCACUCCAUCAGUAGAUACUGGUUCUACCUGUACGAGAAUGCUGCAUGUAAGGAGAUAAUUCCCAUUAGUGAGUUUAUUAACAGUAAGCUGACAGCAAAGGCCAACAGACAGUUGCAGGAUCCGCUGGUCAUCAUGACUGGAAAUAUCCCCACCUGGCUGACUGAACUCAGCAAGACCUGUCCAUUCUUCUUCCCAUUUGACACACGGCAGAUGCUCUUCUACGUGACAGCUUUUGACCGCGAUCGUGCCAUGCAGCGUCUGCUUGACACCAACCCUGAGAUCAAUCAGUCAGACUCACAAGACAGCCGUGUCGCACCACGCUUGGACAGGAAAAAGAGAACGAUAAAUCGUGAUGAGCUCCUGAAGCAAGCCGAGUCAGUAAUGCAGGACCUGGGGAGUUCCAGAGCCAUGCUGGAGAUACAGUACGAGAACGAGGUGGGAACAGGUCUCGGCCCUACACAGGAGUUCUAUGCUCUGGUUUCUCAGGAGUUACAGAGGGCUGAUUUGGGUCUUUGGAGAGGAGAGGAAGUCGCUCUGUCCAACCCUAAAGGCAGUCAGGAGGGUACCAAGUACAUGUUCAGUUCUAGGGGUUUGUUUGCUGUACCUUUUGGACGAACUACCAAGCCAGCUCACAUCGCUAAGAUCAAAAUGAAGUUCCGUUUUCUUGGCAAGCUCAUGGCUAAAGCAAUCAUGGACUUCCGAUUGUUGGACCUGCCUCUAGGAUUGCCAUUCUAUAAGUGGAUGCUGAGGCACGAGUUGUCCAUCAGCUCUCAUGACCUGAUCAACAUUGAUCCUGGUGUCGCCAAAUCCAUUCAGCACCUUGAAGACAUCAUCCGCCAGAAGAAAAGAAUAGAGCAGGACAGAUCACAUACGCGGGAGACCCUACAGCAGGCCUUGGAGAGUCUCAACAUGAACGGCUGCUCAGUGGAAGAUCUGGGGCUGGACUUCACUCUCCCUGGAUUCCCCAACAUCGAAUUGAAGAAAGGGGGCAAAGACGUGCCAGUCACUAUUCACAACCUGGAGGAAUAUCUCAGAUUGGUGGUGUACUGGACGCUCAAUGAGGGCGUGUCCCGGCAGUUUGAGUCAUUUAGGGAAGGAUUUGAGUCUGUCUUCCCUCUGCAUCACCUGCAAUAUUUCUAUCCUGAAGAGUUGGAUCAGUUGUUAUGUGGCAGUAAGUCAGAGUCCUGGGAUGUGAAGACGCUGAUGGAGUGCUGCAGACCUGAUCAUGGCUACACGCAUGACAGCCGUGCAGUGCGGUUUCUGUUUGAGGUGCUGAGCAGUUUUGAUGCAGAGCAGCAGAGACUCUUCCUGCAGUUUGUCACAGGGAGCCCCAGACUUCCUGUUGGAGGAUUCCGGAGUUUAAACCCCCCUCUCACCAUCGUUCGGAAGACUUUCGAAUCGACGGAAAACCCUGACGACUUCCUUCCAUCAGUGAUGACGUGUGUGAACUACCUGAAGCUGCCAGAUUACUCCAGCAUCGAGAUCAUGCGCGAAAAACUGUUGAUUGCUGCGCGUGAGGGCCAGCAGUCUUUUCAUCUGUCUUGAUCUCGCCUGCAUCCUCUCACUCAACAUAUGGCCUUCAAUCAGCUCACCGCAGAACCACACAAAUCCUGACUUCUUCCUUUAAAGUUUCUUUUUCAUUUCGCCCCAUUUUUCUUUUUUAAACAGCCACAUUGAAACAUGUACAGCCUACUUGUUUAAAGAAAAGCAGCUUGCAGAAACUAAACGAUAGAAAACAUAAAAGACUUGCUUUUGACUCCUGAAAGGGUGUUAUGCGACUCAUCAGAUUUAAAAAGGAAAAAAUAAACAUUUUUUAAGAAACAUUUAAAAAUGAAAACACUUGAGAGCAGAUUAUUAAAAUAUAUCAGUAGUUGAGAGAUGUUCAAGCUGAAAAAAGAGAGAAAAAAAAACUUGGGUGACAUUUUAAAACUUGUAUUGCUGUCUGAUGUAUCAAGAAAAAAAGGGAUGUUUAUUUUCUCUCCUGGUGAAUGACAUCUUCACUGUGUUCCAGUUGGGGAGGGGGCAUCCAUCAAGCAGGCAAGUGUUCCUAUAGCUCCAAAGAUCAUUUGUACAGACAAACAUUUGCAGAUUUUGCUUAAACAACACAUUUGAUAGAAUAGUUGUGUGCUCUCCUGCCCUUUUGUUCUGUAUUAUAUACCCCCCUAGUCUUGUUGCAUUUUGGUUCCACUUCAUUUAAUUUCUCUCUCCUCUCGUGCGUCAAUUUUUUAUUUUAUGUUUAUUUGAGAUAAUUGUUUUGAACGUGUAAGAGAGUUCCUGUUGGUUGAAAGCGAGUAGUGUUGGAAGUGUAGUAUCUUUAUUAUAAAAUUAUUAUAAUUAAUAUUAUUGUUGUUUUGUUUUCUUUUUUAACCCAAUUUGAAAUGUUUUUCUGGCCGGCAUUGCACAUCGAGUGUCUGCUGUAUGGUGAAAAGAUGUAUCCAUUGUGUUGGAUAAAAUAGACUCCUAUAUGGAUAUAGUAGUGUGCCUCUGCUGGACUCUUGGGGACUUGAGGUCUUAUUGACGGGCCUGCUGAAGCUGUUCGGCUGGUGAAGUCGGGCUUUGAUCCCGUAAUGUAGCUGAGCACAAGGAGUUCAUUUAAAAUAAUUGGCUGGUUUAUGGUUUCAUGGCCAGAUUGCAUUUAAAAAAACAAAAACAAAAAAAAAAAGGUUCCUUAAAUGAAAAGUUUAUAUGCAGUUUUCACACCCAGUUUGAGGUGGGAUUGUCUGCCUAAAUAUUAUUAUUUUGUUUUGUUUUUUGUUUCUAUUUGUUUUUUCCUCUUGCUGUAGUUUAUUUUUUCACUGCUGGCUUGGAACAAACCGUGGUGUGCACAGCAGUCUGUGACCAGGAGGAGGCGCUACUGUGUGCUCUCCUGUCCUUAUUGUUCAUGUGCUGGUUUCUAAGAUCUGCAAUAAUUUGCUGCAUCAGGUUCAUGUUUUUACCUGAACAUAAAUAAAGUAAUUGUUUGACUCCGUCUGUCCUCUUACUGACCCAGCAGCAGUUACUAACACUUGGCUUUGGUGAAUAAAUAUUGGUUACUACCCAGUUUUUAGGCUUGUAUUUAGGAUCUGCUACAUAAUGUGUGGUUCAAAUUGCAAUAUAAGAAUGGUAGUCUGACCUUUUGCUGAUUUGAGGACCACAAAAGAUGUUUGGCAGAAUGAUAUAUCAAUCUCCAUUCACUAACAUUGGCCACGUUUACAUUUUUAUGGUUAGAAAAGUCCUACUGCACACAUUCAGUGCUUGAGUUCUUUGCUGAUGGAAGAGAUUUGUGUCAAGUGUCCUGUUCAUUUGCUUUUGCUGAACACGGAAGCGUUCAGUGAUUUGACUGUUUUUAGUUUCCGGUCUCCAGUGUUUGUUUUCACUCGCAUCGGCAUAUAUUCUUAGCGUACAGUGGCAUGCAAAAGUUUGGUCACCCCUGAUCAAAAUUUCUGCUGCUGUGAAUGGCCAAGCGAGCAAAAGAUGGCCUGCUUUCCAAAAGGCAGAACAUUAAAGAUGACACAUUUCUUUAAUAUUUUUAGCAAUUUUACUGUUUAUAUCCAUCUUUUACAGUUUCAAAAUAACAAAAAAGGAAAAGGGCCCAAAGCAAAAGUUUGGGCACACUGCAUGGUCAGUACUUAUUAACACCCCCUGUCAAGUAUCCCAGCUUGAAAAGCUAUUUGUAGCCAGCUAAAUGUCUUUCAAUUCUUGUUUGGGGGAUUUUCGCCCAUUCUUCCUUGCAAAAGGCUUCUAGUUCUGUGAGAUUCAUGGGCCGUUCCAUGCACUGCUCUUUUCUGGUUGUCUAUCCACAGGUUUUUUAUGAUGUUUAGGUCAGGGGACUGUGAGAGCCAUGGCUUGCACCUCUUGAGGUAGUCCAUUGCGGAGUUCUCUAUGAAUGUUUUCUUGGUCUUCCAGACCUCGACUUGACCUCUGCCAUUCCUGUUAACUGCCAUUUCUUAAUUUCUUCACGAACUGAGGAAACGGCUACCAGAAAACGCUUGCUAUCUUCUUAUAGCCUUCUGCUUUGUGGGCAUCAAUUAUUUUAAUUUUUAGAGUGCUAGGCAGCUUCUUAGAGGAGCCCAUGGGUGCUGAUUGUUGGGACAGGAUUUGAGUUAAGAGUAUGUAUAAAGCUUUGAAAUUUGCAUCACCUGUCCUUUACAAAUGAUGAUUGUGAACAAGCCACAGCCCUAACAAGCUCAUUAAGGUCUGAGACAUGGUAAAAGUUAUCGGAUUGCUCAAAUCUCUUGGGGUGCCCAAACUUUUGCAUGGUGCUCCUUUCCUUUUUUUCACUCUAAAAUUGUACAAAAUAAAAAUACACUAAUAUUGCUUAAAAACUUGAAAAGAAUGUUUCAUCUUUAACUUUAUGCCUUUUGGAGAUCAUUUCAUCAUCUCACUUAACUAUACACGGCAACAAAUUUUGACCAGGGGUGCCCAAACUUUUGCAUGCCACUGUACGUAAUGUUUAAGGUAUUAAUUGCAUUGGUGAAAAUUGUCAAAAAACAUGCUGAUACUUCAGAGUUUAGUUUUUUUAUAGACCGUGCCUCACCUGAGUGUGUAGAUGACAUGAGAUGGUCAGAGGUUAUGAUGAUAUCAUUAAUUAUUCUGAGUUGUUAGGACAGCAAACAAUGGUUCAAAUUGAGACUGAAAUAAAUUUUUACACCAAGUAACAAUUACAUAGUAGGUGUUCUCCUCUGGAUAGCUGGUUUUGGCCAUUUUUAUUUGCCAUCUUGAGACCAGAAAUACAAAACAGGCAAUUAGAAUCAUCAUGACGCCGCCCAGUGGUUGAUCAGGAAAACUGUGUGGACACUUUUGGGAUAAAGAGAAAGUGGUUUAACACAAUUGGUACUCUCCCUGGGAAUGUGGCUCACAUGUUAAGCACCGUUGCUACAGGACGGAGUCCAACAAGUCAACACAGCAGAAAUAAUUAAAUGUUUCUGUGAGAGCUGGGAAAAGCACGUACAUUAUAAACUAUAAGCAUUUAUUCACAUCAUAGUAAAAUAUCGACUGUCCCUCACAAUCAUGUAUAUGCACUUAAGUACAUUGGGGGAAUCCCGGAGUUUGGUGUAAGAGGGAAACCCCACUAUUGCAAUUCUGCUGCAGGUGGCUAUGGAAAGUUAAGGAAACUAACACCAUGACAACUCUUGAAAUAAAGUGAACCAACGGAGUAUAAAAUAGCUAAGUCUUCCUCGGAUCCCAUAUUUUUAACACAAGCGAUGCAGGGGAAUUACAUGGAGAAAGCUGCAUACAGACAGAGCCACAUGUAUAUGAGAUUAAAGAGUAACCCUUACAAAAAUAGAGUUCACUGCAAACUUGCAGCAACUUUGCCAAAAAUUUGUCAGGGAUGAUCUUCACAUGCAAUUGAACUUUGUGGCAAACUUGCGGCAAAUAGUACACUGUUGCCAAAGGUUUGCCGGAGGUUCACCACUACCGGUGAAGAGCUCCCAUUUGCGGCAAAUCGCAAGCUCAUUUGCAUGUGAGAAUAACUAGCUGCAAAUUUGCAGAAUGUUUGCAGCUAGUUCAUUUUUUUGUAAGGGGGGUACGUAUCUUGAACGGUGCAUGUAAAAGGGAAUGCCACUUUCUGGUGGUUAUGUAAACGUAGUCAUUGUGUGGAAAACGAUACAAUAAAAGUGAAUGGUGACCAAGGCUGUUUGUCCCUAACAUUCUGUCGAAUGUCUUCUUUUGUGUUCCACGGAACAAAGUCAUACAGUAUUUGGAACAAAAUAAGGGUGAGUAAAUGAUGACAGCACUACCCCUUUAACAGUGAGCUCACGGUUUAUCUUUUUAGGGAGAUGGAGAAUAUUAUUUUUGGUGAAAGCUGUUGAGAAGGGUCCUUGGGUCUUGUAUAUUCUUUAAUUUGCCAGAACAUUCACUACAAAGAGGGUGUUCUUGGUAGCAUUUUAUUUAGUUCCAUGAGGUGAAAGUGGAGCCACAUCCACCAAUAUUGUAAUUCAUAAGUUGCUUGUAAAUAAAAACAAUUCUCAGCCUAACCACCAGCCAAACCAAGACCUCUUGGAUAGUAUGUAGUAUGUAGGGUAGAUGUAGCAGUGUUUGCCAUUAUAUCUGAGCCCUUUACACUUUACAUUAAUGUAUUCCCUUUGUUAAUGACUAAUUCACUGUUUACAAAUGCAAUAUAAAUCAUUGGUAUGCUGCUAUAAAAACAGGAAUUAAAAAAGGUGUCUUGCAUGCAAUCCUUGCCAAAUGGUGAGCAUUUUAACUUACAUGUUAUAAAUGCUUAAUAAAUACACUUAUUCAUCCAUUAAUAAAAACAUAAAUGCCUUAAUUCAUGAUUUGUCACAAUGCAACCAAAAUAGAAAAUGAUAUUGACAUGAGGCAUCAUGUCAUGUUGCUACAGUCUGCUUUGUGUUUCUAUUCAUGACUGUAAUGACUCACUCGUGUUUUCAAUUUCCCUGUCAUGUUGAUGUCAAAAGUGCUGUCCCAACUUACCAAGUCCUAGUUAUCUAAAGUCUUCUGCAUAAAACACUUUUCAACUCUUCACGUGCAUUCACAGCAGAUAUCAUAUAAUAAAGCCUGAUAGCCAUAAAACCAGACUGGACUUUAUGUAAAGGUUUCUAAUGUCGGCAACGUUUUAUAAAUGCUUCAUAUGGGUCCGCUUUACAUCAAGGUACAUUUUCAUAGUUUACUAAUGUUAAAUAAAUGUUAAUAAGCAUUUAUAACAUAUGAGGAGAAAUGGCUCAUUCUUUGGCAGGCAUUAUUCUCUUUUCACUCUUUGUGCAUGUUGUUAUAACUGCAUUUUAAUGGUUUAGAGUGCAUUUGUAAAUGACUUAGUCAUUAAUAAACCCUUAGUAAGGGAAUUCAAAUUAACAUAUUCAAGACCCCAUGAAAUCAAAAUUAGAGUUUAUUUUCUGUUUAUUUCUUUGGCUUUUGGCCCAUGUCUUUUGCUUUGAAGCCAGCUGUGUGCUAGUGUGGUGAUAGUAAAAUGAAUCUUUCAGAAGCAAUGGGGCUUUCAUUACAAAUGUAUUGAAAUGGGUCACAUGAUGCUAUGUGAGGGUCGAGCUCUGCUUAAACUUUGCUACAAUUAUCACAUCUAUGGAGGCUAAAAUUUCCACCCUGAUCAUAAGAAUGGAUGAUGUUGAAAAAUGAGUCAAGUUUCUGGAGUCUGAAAGAGAGCUACAUGCUAACCUGCCUGCUUUCGAGGUUGAUGUGGAAUGGGUGUGGGAAAAUCUAGAGGAUACUGAAAAUUGGAGCAGAUGUAAUAAUGAUUGUUUCGUUGGAAUCCCCAAUUGAAAAGAAAAUAAAGAUAUGGUGAGGUUUAUGGAGGGGCUUAUUUUGAAUUUGAUCUACACAGCGGGCCACCGGCCAAGGAUGGACGCAAGACAUUUACAUGCCCUUGACAAGCCAUGUCCCUCAUUAAAUCAAUGGUGUGAGUGUUUUUUUUUUUUUUUUGUUGCCUGCACUCCGUCAACAAUACAGAAUACAUAUUGUGCAUUUUAUUGAUGUAGCCUGAGAGGGUUUGUUGUUCUGUUGUCUGUCCACUGGCUCCUGCCUGACUCGCUUUUUUUUUUUCUCCCUUUGUUUACUUGCUGUUGAGCUCAUUUGUUCACUUUGUGGGUUCAAUUUUAUUGUUUACUGGGGCCUAUUUUAUUACUAUUUUUAUUGAACACAUUUAAGUUCAGUUGACUGGCAUGGUUUAUGUUAGGUGGAAAGAAAAGGAAAAGAAAAACAAACAAAAUUAAAAUUAAUUAAAAGCUCUUGGCCAUUUCAAUAUGUCCUGACCAUUUUGCGUAGAAGUUGUUUCGGAAACAUCUGCAUUAAGGGCCUACCAGAGGCCAUCAAUGACAUAGCCCUUUAUGAUUCAUUCUCAGGGACAUCCUGUCCUGUAGAGUCAUCUGUGAUAAAAGUGGGUCUAAGGGCUAUGGAUUUGUCAAUUUUACCAUGUUUGCCGAAGGCCAUCAAGAAACUGGCUGGCAAGAUGCUGAAUGACCAACAUGUGUCGAAAUCCCAAAUCAAGAGCAAUAAGGAGCGUCGGUCAGAAUGAAAGGCCGGGAAAAAAUCAGCAGUUACAGAAAUACUCAAACCAGCCCACCUGGCUCAUGAGGCCAACUUAUAGAUUCUCAGAGGUCUGCACCUUUAUCAGUAUGGGCCUUGGCAAAGGCCAAAUAAGCUUUUAUUUUAAGUUUUGGUUUCAGCAGUGCCUUCCUGCAUUGAUGACAACCAUGCAUUCCACUUCUUUGCAGACCGUGUCUCAAGGUGUGAGAUGAAACAGUCACUCCAGUUUGGCUUCCCACACCUUUUGCCAGCUCUGAGGCAUGUGCUUGGCAAUUCUUACCAAAAUCGCGCAUCAUGAGUUGAAAGCUUUAAGCAGCGGUCUGAACAUUUCAGGACUCUUGUCACAAGUCCAUCCUUUUUGAAUUGCUGUAUCACUUUUGCUACUGCGUUUUGACUCAAUAACAGUGACUCGCUAAUUCUCUUGUACCAUUGUCCCCUUUUGGAGAAUUAAAUAAUUUUCUUCAUUUAUUUGACAAUUCUCACUUUUAACAAUUAUGUCCGAGUAUGGUAGUUAAGAAUAAUCUGCUGAUCAAUGCCCCUCAACUAGCACUAGAAAACAUUAGGUUUCACAUUGUAACUUUCAGGAGGGUGAACUCAUUUUUACAACAUGGCCUUUUAUCAUUUUGAUAAGUCUUUUUUUUUAUUUAUUUUUUUUUAUUUACAUGUUUCAGUAGUAUCUGAUAAACCAGAGUUGCUUAAAAAUUACAUUAUGCAUGAAAUAUGUCUUAUUUGUAAAGAAAAAGAGCUGAACUUGUUUGGUAUCAGAGGGUGUGUACACAUUUAUGCUGUGUGCUGUAUGUCAUUUGGUUGUAAUUAAAU